AUGCUUGAUGUCACUGAUAAAUGGUACACUAACAUGGACAGUGGGUUAAUAAAUGCUGUCUUAUUCAUUGAUUUAAAAAAGGCUUUUGAUACCAUUGAUCAUAGCAUUUUACUACAGAAGUUAGCUUGUUACGGUUUCAACAAAGAAGCGAUUGAUCUUUUUAGAAACUAUCUUUCUGAUCGUACUCAAAUAACAGUUAUUAACAACAUACGAUCUGAUACUCGUAAAGUAACAUGUGGAGUUCCUCAGGGGUCUAUCUUAGGUCCACUACUGUUUUUAAUAUAUAUAAACGACCUACCUAAUAGUGAAUUGGUAUCAGAUGGGCGUUUAUUCGCUGAUGAUACCAACUUGACUUUUGCGGACAGCAACCCUGACAAGUUGAUUUCUGUUCUAAAUGACGACCUUAAAACUCUCCAAAACUGGCUUAACCAGAAUAAACUAAGCCUGAAUGCGGUUAAAACUAAAUGUAUGUUUAUGGCAUCCAGGCAAAAAUUAAGUACUAUUCCUGAAGAACCUAAUAUUGCUAUCGCCGGAAACAAAAUUGAAAGA